AUGAAGAACCCUCUUGCAGUAUCUGCAGUAACGCGCAAGCUCUCGGAACAAGUCUACUCACACGCGAAAGAAGGCCGAAUGGUCUUGACACUUGGUGGCGAUCACAGUAUUGCGAUUGGAACAAUUGCGGGAACUGCAAAGGCGAUUCGGGAGCGGUUGGAUCGCGAGAUGGCUGUUAUUUGGGUCGAUGCGCACACGGAUAUCAAUACACCAGAGACAAGCGACAGUGGAAAUGUACACGGAAUGCCCGUUGCGUUCUUGACUGGUUUGGCAAAGGAUGAUCGAGAAGAUAUCUUUGGCUGGUUGAAGAAGGAAAAUUUGAUCAGCUUGAAAAAGCUGGUGUACAUCGGUCUCCGGGAUGUUGACCGGGGCGAGAAGCUCAUUCUGAGAGAACAUGGGGUUAAGGCUUUCAGCAUGCAUGAUAUUGAUAGACAUGGUAUUGGAAGAGUCAUGGAGAUGGCAUUGGGACACAUUGGCACCGACACACCUAUCCACUUGUCUUUUGAUGUCGAUGCAUUAGAUCCAAUGUGGGCUCCUAGCACAGGCACUCCGGUUCGAGGCGGUCUUACAUUGAGAGAGGGCGACUUCAUUGCUGAGUGUGUUCAUGAAACUGGUAACCUUGUCGCGAUGGAUUUGGUCGAGGUCAAUCCUACGCUGGAGCCAGGAGUCGAUGAUAUUGGAGCUCAUAUGACAGUGAGAUCGGGCUGUUCCUUAGUCAGAUGUGCACUGGGAGAGUCGUUGCUUUAG